AUGCCGCCCGCUGCUGAAAGAAGAGAGGCUGGCGCUGUCACAGACGAUCAAUCUGGCUCAGCAAACUCCUCAGCCAACUCCUCAGACCUCACUUCCGUCGUUCCCCUCGCCGUUGGCUGCACAAUAUUACUGGUACUCUCAUUCUGUAUUUUCAUCUUCGCAUAUCGGUGGUCACGACUGCGAAGAGGAAUGAUUGAAAGAAGGACGCAGCAAGAGAAAGGAUGGAUGAGAGCAGAACCCACGGGACCUGGACAAGACUUUGACCAGAGGGAGAGAAUAUGGAAGACGCCAGCACAGACUGGACCGGCAGGAGGAACGACAGAGCGAGACAGUUUCCUUACCGUGCUAUCAGACGCCCCAACGGGAGACGAAGGUUUGAGCGAGACUAGAGCUCUCUCUGCUUCACCUUCUCCUCCACCACCGGCCUAUACAACAAUUGCGAUGACAACAUGA